CCAGGAGACGAGAGAAGAUUGAGGAGAGAGGCUAGAGAAAGGGCAGCGGCAAGGAGAGCGAGGGCAGCAGAGGAGAGUGCUAGAGCUAGAAUUACAGCUAGCAUCAGUACAACCAUGGCUACCUCAUCUAUGACGCAACCCUCUACACAACCCACUUCGUCAGGAGUCAGUCAGAGUGGUGCUCAGGCGGUCACUAGUCAGAUUGGUCAUGUGCGAGUCAGCCAAUCUCCUAUCACGCCGGAGGACUUGGAAAUCCGGCAAGCAGAAGAACUUCAGGAUGAGGUACAGCGGCAGAUGGACGGAGUAGUAGAAAGGAGAAGAAAAGCUAUGCAACGAAAAGCUAGACUAGAAAGUAGAUUGCAGGAGUUAGGCAGACUGGAAAGACUAGAUGAGGCAACAUUAGACCCUGCUAUUCGUGUGCUGCGAGGCGCCUUACUUUCAGUGGCCGAAGCGCAAAGCGUUCAACAGGAAUUGUUGGCUGAUUUGGUAGCAGGCCAGAAACAAAUUCUGGCUGAACUUAGGGGCAUUCGCCCAACGGCGAGGCCGCCACAGUUUGCUGUAGUUCCCCCUGUAGGUGCGGGUCCAUCAUCGAUGCCGCAACGCACAGGGCAAACUUUCUCUCCCAUGUUUGGCAUGCCCUCCCCGGGUGGUUUAGGUGCAACUAGUGGUCCGGUUCAUUCAGUCUCAGCCGUACCGUCUACAACAGUGGUCACUACAGUCCCACUGUCCAGCCAGGCCCAGGUUCGUUUGCAACAGCCUGUUUCAGUGGCUAUGCAGCCGCUGCAUCAAGCACCUGGGCCCAUGCAGCAGAUGCAGUGGAUGCCCAAGAUACCUCUAAUGAGUCCCAAGCCUUUCUCUGGAGACAAGAAGAGGGAGGAAGACUUGGACACCUGGGUGAGGACUGUGCCUACUUAUGUGAGGCACAAGCUCACAAGGCCAGAACAGGAAGUGGUAGUGGCUGCCUCCUUUUUAGAAGGAUCAGCAGCCCGCUGGUUGAAUGGCUUGGUGCAGCAACAGGGCUACAGUCAAGAUUUCGAUGCCUGGGCUCAGUCUCAAACAUUGGAACAGUUCGUACGGUUCGUCUACAACAGGUGGAAUGACCCGCAAGGGGCUCAAAAGGCCACCGAUGUUAUCAACUACCUUUGUUCCCGUAGGUUCAAGGAUGUCAGAGAGCUUACAAACACCGUAGAACGCCUUCUCGUGGUACCUGGUGUGCGUUUUGACCCGCAGGUUCUCCUAACGGACUACAGAGUUCGUAGCCAUUCUGUGGUACCUCCACGGUCUAAGUAUCAGCAACAGCGACUCAGCAGGCGGACGACUGCAGCGGCAUCAAGUACAACUACGGCAGUACCAGUCACCACCGGGGUUCUUCCCGCAUGUCCGGUCCAAGGGGCCAGUGAGCCGUUGUCGGCUUACCUUCAGCGGGUACAGGCAUUCACGGAUGUCGUAGCUACCGCAAAGACACAGCAAGAGGCAGCAGAGGCGGAACGUCAGCGGCUGGCCAGUGAGGCGGCAACCCAAACUCAGCGGACUACUGAGGCUGACGCCGUGGCUCGAGAUAAGCGGAACGCCAUCAGCAUGGAGGCCUUGACUCAGAACGAGAGUCACUGGACGACACUGCUCCAAGACAUGCUUUUUGUGCCUUCGGAUACACAGGCGGAUCCGACACCGGCGGAGGAAGAAAGGAGUAACCUGGCAGACCUGAUGCUGAACGUGAUGCGGGCGACUCAACGGAAAGAUGCUGCAGCCUUAACAGCCGCUGUUCGCGCUGCCGCCACACAUCAGCAACAACAGCAACAGCUGUUGAGCACCACCACCGCACGCGUCAACAGCAUCGAGGCUAAAGCCUCAGCAGUGCCAGGCUGCACGACUUACAUGGCGAAACAGCUCAACGAGCGCAUCGACCAUGCCGUCAGUCUAAUCGGCGAACUAAGUGACUUCACCAGUCCGACUACGAUCAGCAGCACGGUGGUCGCCAUCAAAACGGACAUCACCAAGCUGAAGUCGCAACCGGCAACAACUGCGAAGGUAUACAAGAUGCCACGCUUCAACAUCGACAAGUUCGAGGACUACAACAAGACCGACGCUUUGACAUGGUGGCAAGCCUUCCUCACCGAAGCGUCCUGCCACAAGGUCCCGGCCGAAGACAUGCUGAAGGCACUAUACCUCCAACUCAUUGGAGGUGCGCAGACGUGGAUGAACAAUCUCGCAGUUAAUAAGGGAACCACUAUCGCCGAGUUAUAUAAACACCUCACGUGGGAGGAUUUUGAACAGAUGUGGUUCACUCGAUUCAUGGUCCGCAACGUUGUGAAGGCGGCCAUGAACGAGGUCUACACUUGCUCACAGGGAAACAUGCCAACUCGAGACUGGACAAUCAAGUGGCAAAAGAUAGUGACCACACCAGGCUUCGAUUUGAGCUUUACAAACCAACGAUCCGAGUUCUUCUCGCGAUCGUGCGCAGGACUGCGAACCGCACUCGACAACGAGUACGAUUAUGCCUCAUUCCAGGCUAUUCUGGAUCGUGCGAACCUGGUCAUCCAAAUGGACGACAAGGCCGCCAACGAAAAGCAGUCCCAGCCGCACUAUGUGGCUAAGCAGGGCUACCAACGACAGACACAUAACAAUGUCGUGAUUUCUGAAGAAUCAGUUGAUCUCCACGUUGCAGCAGCAUCCUCGAGUGAUGGAGGAACUGUCGCAGCGCUCCCUCCGAAGCAUCCCAAGAGAGUUUGAAAGAACAAGGCGACACAAGCGACGACAUUGACGGGAACUGGGCAGCAGCCAUGGACGGCAUACAAGAUAACCAAGGA